AUGGAUGACCUCGAAGAUGAACUGGAUCUUCGAUUUCACAAGGGCCUAGAUCCCGAUGUCUACUAUCGCUGUCCUACAUCUGAAUCACUUGAGGGAGCUCUGCGCAAUGAACUGGAUAAGAAUGCAGCCAGCUUCAUCCCCACAGACGUGGUCACAGAGUUUAUCUUUGCAACAGCCUCUACCAUCACCAUCCCCGUGACGCAGCAACUCAAUCUUAACGCGCUUAUACAACCAGCCGAUCACAUUCAAAGCAUCGCCGCUGAAUAUGCGCUAUGUCGAGAUAUUGACGGUAAAGACAGGCUCAAGGUACAACGAGCAAUUGCAAGAUCUAUUAUCAAAGUUAUUCAGGACACUGAUGGCUUCAAGUACUCCGAGCGCUCUGCACAGAACAGAGAAGGCGGUGACGGUGCCAGGUUCAGAUAUGUUUGCCAAGACAGCUUCCAGAAUAGGGACCGUAAAAGCAACACGAAGAAAGGGAAGUCCCUUGAUAGCGACGAUGGGGAGCCUGAGUUUGAGAAGCAAGGACCUGUUGUGUUGCCGACCUACGACUGUGGAGGCGCAAUACACAUCAAGUUUUCCCUCAAAAGAGACGCUGUCAAUGUGGUGUACAAGCAUAAUCCUAUACACACUACGCGCGAGGCUGACAAUGGUCUGCCUGCUUUGAUGGUCACUGAUAACGGCGUCGCCGCCACAGCCGACGCUACGGAAGAAAAGCAACCACGCAAAAGGAAACGUAGUAAAAAGGAUGAGACCGAGGCACAGAGCGAAUUCAGAGACCCGGACCUUGACAUGUCAACAUUUCCAGAAGGUCCAAAUCCAUCUGCAAAGAGGAAGAGCAAGAAAGGUAGUGCUGUGGCCUCUUCCACAACAUCGCGAAAGACAUCUACCGAGAAGACUAAGGCUAGGUUACCGGCUUCACCCACCGGAUCGAGGAAAAAAGCGCCUGUCUUCGAAGAAUCUCCACCGCCGACACAUAUCCGUGCCAUUCCAUCUGAUCAGUCUGUUUCAAAACGUGCAGUUGGAAACUGGGACGAUGCCUACACAAAAGCAACAGCUGCGCUCGCCAAGCUAUCGCAGAGUGAGAAGAUCGGAAUCGUCACCGGUGUUGGCUGGCAGAAAGGUCCUUGCGUUGGCAACACCAAGGCGGCUGGCUCGAUUGGAUAUCCAUCACUUUGUCUGCAAGAUGGACCCCUUGGUGUUCGCUACGUCCAAGGUGUAACUGCCUUCAGUGCGGCUAUCCAUGCCGCUAGCACCUGGGACAUUGACCUUAUCCGUGAAAGAGGUGCCUUCUUGGGCGCGGAAGCAAAGCAGCUAGGUGUUCACGUUCAGCUUGGACCUUCCGCCGGUCCUCUCGGCAAGCAUGCAAACGGUGGUCGAAACUGGGAAGGAUUUGGCUCGGAUCCUUAUCUCCAAGGCAUCAUGAUGGCGGAAACCAUCGAAGGUAUGCAAGAGGCAGGUGUCCAAGCUACGGCGAAGCAUUGGCUUGUAAAUGAACAGGAAUUGAACCGAGAGACUAUGAGCUCAGACGUGCCGGAUAGGGUACUUCGCGAACUUUACGUGUGGCCCUUCAUGGAUGCUGUGCACAGCAAUGUUGCAGCAUUCAUGUGCAGUUAUAACAAGGUCAACGGAACAUGGGCUUGCGAAAGCGAUGGUGUGAUGAACAAGCUCCUUAAAGACGAGCUCGGUCAUCGUGGAUACAUCAUGAGCGAUUGGAAUGCGCAACACACUACCACUGGGAGUGCGAACGGUGGCAUGGACAUGACCAUGCCCGGCACCGACUUCAGCAAUGGCAAUAUCUUUUGGGGCCCGCAACUUCAGACUGCCAUAAAUAACAAACAAGUGCAACAAUCUCGCCUUGAUGACAUGGUCAAGCGCGUGUUAGCCGCCUGGUAUCUCGUUGGUCAAGACAAGGGCUAUCCAAGCACCUCAUUUAGCUCCUGGACAAUCGGCAAACAUGAAGUAGGCGGAAACCACAAGACAAACGUCCGCGCCACGGCUCGCGAUGGUAUUGUCUUGCUAAAGAACACAAACGCCGCGUUGCCCUUCAAGAAGCCUAAAAGCAUCGCUGUCAUCGGAAGCGACAGCAUCGUUGCGCCUAAAGGAGCCAAUGCGUGCGUUGAUCGCGGAUGUAACGAUGGAACGUUAGCCAUGGGUUGGGGUUCUGGAUCAGUUGAGUUUCCUUAUCUUGUUGCUCCUCUUGAUGCUAUCAAGACACAAGCCCAGAAGGACGGAACCUCCAUCACCUCUUCGCCCAACGACAACGCGCAGCAAGGUGCUAGCGCAGCACAAAACGCUGAUAUUGCGGUGGUCUGCAUCAACAGCGAUGCUGGCGAAGGUUACAUAACCGUCGAAGGCAAUGCUGGUGACAGGAAGAACCUGGACCCAUGGCACAACGGAAACGAAUUGGUCAAGGCAGUUGCUGCUGUCAACAAGAAGACAAUUGUUGUAGUCCAUAGCGUCGGUCCAGUCAUUAUGGAGCAGUGGAUCGAGAACCCGAAUGUAGUUGCUGUUGUUUGGGCAGGUCUCCCAGGUCAAGAAUCCGGAAAUGGCCUUGUCGACAUCCUUUACGGUGCAGCUUCACCAAGCGGCAAGCUACCCUACACCAUCGCAAAGAAGGAAUCAGACUACGGUACCACGAUUGCCAGCGGUGACGACAAGAACUGGGACCUCUUCAUCGAUUACCGCCGUUUCGACCAGCAGAAGAUCGAGCCCAGAUUCGAAUUCGGCUACGGUCUCUCCUACACUAACUUUACUUACUCCGACCUCACUGUCUCCGGCAAACCCUCCGCGGGUCCUGCAACCGGUGCCAAGGGUCCUGGAGGCCCUGUUGAUCUCUUCGAAACCGUAGCUACCGUUACCGCCAAGAUCAGCAACUCCGGUGGUGUUGCGGGUGCGGAGGUGCCACAGCUGUAUCUAGGCUACCCUUCAUCGACCAACUCACCACCGAAGCAAUUGAGGGGUUUCGCAAAACUCAAGAUUGAAGCCGGUGCCAGUGCGACGGCUACAUUCAAGCUGAGGAGACGAGACAUGAGCUUUUGGGAUGAGAGCAGCAGGAAAUGGAGUGUAGCUACUGGAGAAUAUCAGAUCUUCGUGGGAUCGAGUUCCAGGGAUGUGAGGUUGACGGGCAAGAUCACUGUUUAG